ACCCCCACCCCCACCCCAUCCUCCCACAAUCUAUAUAUAACACACAAAUAAACCUCUGAAAAACCAACAAACAAAUCUCUCUUCCUCCUUUCUGACUUCUCUUUUACAACUAUAGAAAAGAAGUCUUUUGAGCUAAUUUUUACUUACCAAAUGGCUAGUUUUUCAAGUAAUGUGUUGUUCUAUUCUUCACUAGUGGCAGUUCUUUUUUUACUCAUGUUGAACUUCACAGAAGCAAGAGAGUAUUUGGUUGGUGGAAAAACAGAUUCUUGGAAAAUUCCAUCUUCUGAAUCUGAUUCCCUCAAUCGUUGGGCAGAAAAAUCUCGAUUUCUUGUUGGAGAUUUGCUUGUGUGGAAGUAUGAUGGAAAACAAGAUUCGGUUUUGGAAGUGAGCAAGAGGGACUAUGUGACCUGCAACACUACAAGUCCAAUAGCAGUACACAAUGAUGGCAACACAAAGAUAGUAUUGGAUCACUCAGGGGCAUACUAUUUCAUCAGUGGAGCAAAAGGGCAUUGUGAACAAGGCCAGAAAUUGAUUGUUGUGACCUUGUCUGACAAGAACAUGAGGAGAUUCACGGGUGCACCAUCGCCGUCUCCAGUUGACAUUGAAGGUGCACCAGCACCAGCUCCUACUAGCGAUGAUGAUAUAUUGAGGGCUAGUUUUGUUGUGGCUUUUGGGGUUUCUGUGGGGUUUUGUCAUUUGAUUCUUUUUGGGAAUGAGAGGGAGAUGAUGUUGUGGUGGCCUUCUUGGUCAUUAAAUCCUUAGAUAUAUUCUUUAAUUCAAUUUGCUUACUUUUUCCGCAGAAUAAAAUAAAGCUUGAUUUCUUUGAA